AAUAAUCAAUUUCCUCGCCACCGACAGCCGGCGGCGGCGAACGUCCCCACUUCCCACCUCGCCGCCGGCGACGUCCCCUGCACCGACGCCAUGCUCCGCCUCCGGAGCUGCAUCCUCACCCAUCUCCUCUCUUCGCCCGCCACCCAUCCCGUCCCCUGUCUCCACCGCCUCCUCUCCGCCGCCGCGCCCGCCGUCUCCCCAGGCCCCCGAUUCGCCGUCGAGGACUACCUCGUCGACACCUGCGGCCUCACCCGAGCGCAGGCCCUCAAGGCCUCCACCAAGCUCUCCCACCUCAAGUCGCCCGCCAACCCCGACGCCGUCCUCGCCUUCCUCGCCGGCCUCGGCCUAUCCAGCGCCGACAUCGCUGCACUCGUGGCCCGUGACCCGCAGUUCCUCUGCGCCGGCGUCGAGAGAACCCUGUCGCCCGUCCUCGCUGGGCUCACCGGCCUCGGCCUAUCGCGCUCUGAGAUCACGCGCGUCGCCUCGCUCGCACCACGCAGCUUCCGCUCUAGAUCUGUCGUUUCCGGGCUGGAGUACUACCUCCCCCUCUUUGGCUCCUCCGAGAGCCUUCUCCGGGGGAUCAAGAAAUUCAAGUACUUUCUCAGGUCCGGUCUAGAGAGGGUGGUCAAGCCCAAUAUUGAGUUACUGCGUGAGUGCGGGCUAGGCACUUCCGAUAUUGCGAAGCUCUGCCUCGCUGUGCCAUGGCUGCUCAGCGCCAAGCCGGAGCGCGUCCAGGUGAUGGUGGCGUGCGCGGAACGUCUCGGUGUGCCCCGUGGAUCGGGGAUGUUCAGGCAUGCGUUGAAGGCUGUUGAAUCCCUCAGUGAGGAGAAGCUCGCCGCCAAAGUGGAGUACUUAAGGAACACGUUCAGGUGGUCGGAUGCUGAGGUGGGCAUUGCUCUUUCUAAGGCCCCACUGAUGCUGACCAAAUCCAAUCCGACACUGCAGAGCAAGUCGGAGUUUCUUAUAUCUGAGAUGGGGAUGGAACCGGCGUACCUUGCUCAUCGGCCGGUAAUGCUCUGCUUUAGCCUGGAGGGCCGAGUCAAGCCACGGUGCUAUGUUAUAAAGUUUCUUAAGGCAAAUGGAUUGCUAGAUCGCCAUUGGACCUACUUGACAAUUGUCACGGUGGCUGAGAAGGAAUUUUUGGAGAAGUUCAUAUGCCCUCACAAGGAAGCUGCACCGAACCUUGCUGAAGAUUAUAAUGCCGCAUGCAGAGGGGAAGUGCCAGCUGAUUUCAGAUUUACAUGAACAAACAACCGGCUAUGAGAAUUGGUAACUGCGUAAGGAAAACUUAAAGAAGUGGAGCUAUGAGUCCUUUGGCUCUGUUCGUGGUCGGUUAAAAGAUUUGAGAAAGCAAUUGGAGGAAGUGAGGGACAGGAACUGGAGAAGAGGACUAACAAAACAAGAGAACAGUUUUUUUAACCAAAUUUCGGAGUUAAUGGCUAGAGUAGAAAUUAUGAUACGCCAGAGAUCAAGAGUACAAUGGCUAGUGGAAGAAGAUCGUAACACAGCCUUUUUUUCACUCAAAAUGCAGAGAAAGAGCAAGACAAAACAGAAUAAUUUCUCCACAACGAGAGGAUGGAAGGAUAUGUUAUCAACAGGGAGAAAUUGAAGACAUAGCUAUUAACUUUUUCUGCAAAUUGUUUUCUGCUCAGGAGAACCUGCAACCAGAUAAAGUGAUAAAAUACGUGCAACCAAAAGUAACAAAGGAUAUGAAUAAGCACUUGUGUAAACCGUUUACUUCAGAAGAAGUUGAGAAGGCACUAUUUAGGAUGAAACCAAAUAAAUCUCCAGGCCAGAUGGUUUUACGGCAGGAGUUUUUCAAAACCAUUGGGAACUGAUAAAGAUUGAUGUUUGCAAUGCAGUUUUGAAGUUCUUGCAAAAUGGUGAAAAGCCGGAAGGCCUAAACAAAACAAUUCUGGUGCCUGUUCCAAAGGCUUCAAAGAGCAGAAAGACUUCAGGAAGUAUUGGAAGACUACAACAAGGGAUUGGGUCAACUGGUUAACAAAGAAAAAUCAGCAAUCUUCUUCGUGAAGAGACGAAAGAAGAGAUGAAGAGAAUUAUGAAAAUAGAAACAUAAGCUCUAGAGGAGAAAUACUUGGGACUACCUACAGCCCUAGGAAGAAGAACAACAUGGGCCUUUGGAAAGCUAAUUACAAGAUUGAGUAACUUAGCAGGUGGAUGGUCAGAGAAAAUGUUAAAUUCUGCAGGUCGUGAAGUUCUUACUAAAGCGGACAUGCGAGAAAUACCCACAUAUGAGUUGUUUUAGCCUCUCAAAAACUACUUGCAACAAGAGGACCCCGUCAAUGGCAAAUUUUUGGUGGGGAGGUGAUGGGGAUAAGCAGAGAAUGCAUUGGAGAAAAUGGGAGUUAGCACAACCAAAGAAAGCUGGAGCUAUGGGAUUUAGGGAGAUGCACCUAUUCAAUCUAGCCAUGUUGGGUAAGCAAGGAUGGAGGCUUUUAUAACAAACCCAAACUCAUUGUGUGCUAGAGUGUUGGCUGGGAAAUACUUCCAUAACACGGAUUUUAUGAAAGCAAAGAAGAAGAAGAAUAGCUCACAUGUUUGGCAAGCUAUCUUAAAAGGAAGAGCAACACUUCACUUAGGCCUGAUGAAGAGAAUUGGAGAUGGAAAGUCUACCAAUAUAUGGAAAAUGAAUGAUUCCAACAAUUACAGGAGGGAAACCAGUGUAUAGGAAAGAAGGAACAACUGGCUUAAAUAUAUCAGAUUUUCUGAAUGCAGAAAGGAACGAGUGGGACUUCAACAACGUGAAUAACAGUUUGCUGCCUAUAGAGCAAAAGAGGUACUAAAGUGAUCUAAAUGCUCUUAUAUUUCUUCAUGGAGGGAGUAUUUAAGAUUCCACUGGGAAAGUUAGACCAUGAUACCUGGGUUCAAAAUGCUGAAAAACAUGGUCUGUAUUCAGUUAAAUCAGCAUACAAACUCCUUGCCAUAAAUUCAAAGGCUGAUGCUCAUUAUCAAAGGAACACUGCAGUUUGUUCCAAUGCCGAAGAUAGCAACAUAUGGAGCAAGCUCUGGAAGCUCUCAGUCCCUCCAAAGACACACAACUGAUGUAAACCUGGAGCAUAAAACAAGCCAUAUUGGAAACAAAUUCGAUGGAGCUCACUUCGCUUUGGAGGAUGAAGCACCAACGGUCUAGAAUACUUACCAAGUUAAUUAAACAAAUCCAGGAGCUAACGGAAAGAUAUAACUACCUCGAUGUUCGUCAUGUUAAAAGGGAAGCAAAUGAAGCUGCCCACAAAUUAGCUAAGCUGGCUUCUUGUACUAAUCCGGAGUGUGCCUGGGAUAGCCAGGCGACAGAAUGUAUCCGACGCUGUAAUGAGAAGGACUGUAAUCCUGUACUGGAUUAAUGAAGCUCUUGGCUGAUUCUCAAAAAAAAAGUCAUACAUUAGUUUUUACUUUUUAGUGCUAUUUCUGUCAUU